GACAGUAGCUCAAGCCUGCCGCGGCAGAACUUCCUGUAUUUCUACAGCACUUCCGCCCUGAGCCGGAAGCGUCUUCGCCGGAAGCGUUUUAGUGGGACUGCGCGCGAGGAGGGUCUGGCCGCGUGCAGGUUGCCCGGCCGGUGCAAUGAGGAGGCCGGCGGGGUGAGGAGAGCGUGAGCGCGGGGGCCGGGAGCCUUCGUGAGAAGUCCUAUUUAGGAUUAGCAGAAGAUGGCCCCGGGAUUCUUAAACUCCUGGGGAGGCCGCAGGUCACUCUAGAAGAGAUCUGCAUUUGGAUUCCGGCUAUCUUAUAAUGAGUGACAGUUUACCAUCAGAUGUCAUUGGUCGAAGAGUUGAAGUUAAUGGAGAACAUGCAACCGUGUGUUUUUCUGGCCUUGUCCCUCCUGUGGCAGGACUCUGGUUAGGAAUAGAGUGGGACAAUCCUGAGAGAGGAAAGCAUGAUGGGAGCCACGAAGGGACUGUGUAUUUUAAAUGCAGUCAUCCAACAGGAGGAUCCUUUAUUCGUCCAAACAAGGUAAAUUUUGGAGUGGACUUUCUUACUGCAAUUAAGAACUGCUAUGAACCAGAGGACGAUGGAAAAGAGCACAUUGUUAUAAUUGGAAAUAAACCUGUGGAAACUGUUGGUUUUGACUCUAUUAUAAAACAGCAGCGUCAGCUGACCAAUUUGAAAGAAGUUUCUCUGAGGAACUGUGCAGUGAGUUAUGCUGGUGAAAAAGGAGGAAUCGCCAAAGCCUGUCAGAAUAUUAGAGUAUUAGAUUUGUCAAAAAACCUGUUGUCAUCCUGGGAUGAAGUGAUCUGUAUUGCCCUUCAGCUCGAGCACCUGGAGAUUCUUAAUCUGAGUGAGAAUAAAAUGAAGUUUCCUUCUGCUUCGCCAUCUCUAACUGGAACAUUUUCUACACUGAAGGUUUUAGUCCUCAAUCGAACAGGAAUAACAUGGGCAGAGGUCCUCCGCUGUGCCCCUGGGUGGCCAGUCCUUGAAGAGUUGUACCUCAGUGCAAAUAGGAUUUGCAUAUCAGAAAGACCGACUGAUGUUCUACAAACUCUCAAGUUAUUAGACCUUUCCUCUAAUCCAUUAAUUGAUGAAAAUCAACUAUUCCUGAUUGCAUAUCUGCCUAGAUUAGAACGACUAAACCUUUCUGCCACUGAAAUGUCUUCUAUACAUUUUGCGGAUGCUGGAAUUGGCUGCAAGACAUCCAUGUUCCCAUCCUUGCAGUACCUUUUAGUGGAUGACAACCAGAUAUCACAUUGGUCAUUUAUCAAUGAGCUGGAUAAGCUACAGAGCCUCCACACAUUGUCCUGCCUAAGAAACCCCCUGAAUGAAGGAAGCAGAAAGGCUCAGGUCACUCGGCAGUUCAUCAUUGCCAAAAUUAGUCAGCUGAAGACCCUGAACAGAUGUGAGAUUCUUCCAGAGGAAAGGCGUGGAGCUGAGCUUGAUUACCAGAAAGCUUUUGGAAAUGAAUGGAAAAAGGCUGGUGGACAUCAGGAUCCAGACAAAAACAGACCAAAUGAAGACUUUGUUGCAGCCCAUCCUAGAUACCAGUUCCUCUGCCACAAAUACGGAGCACCUGAGGAUGAGGAACUUAAAAUACAACAACCGUGUAUACUCAAAAAUCAGCUGCUAACACUAAGGAUAAAAUGUCCAAGUCAACUUGAACAGAAAGUCCUAGAGAAGCAACUGCCAGACUCCAUGACAGUUCAAAAGGUGAAGGGACUGCUGUCGCGUCUCCUCAAAGUUCCUGUGUCAGAACUUCUGUUGUCCUAUGAAAGUCCCAAAAUGCCUGGCAGUGAAAUUGAACUAGAAAAUGAUCUACAGUCAUUACAGUUUUAUUCUGUAGAGAAUGGAGAUUGUCUGUUAGUGCGAUGGUAACAACCAACUAAUAAAAUUUAGAGACUAGACUACUCAUCAUGACUGGGGUUCACGGGAAAAUGAUUUAUCGGAACAGUUCUGUCAAAAAAUGAACUUUAAAAAUUUGCCCUGAUUAUAACAAAGGGUGCAAUUUGUUGGGAAGAGACCAUUUGUAGACUUGUAUGUCAUAGCAAUAAUAAAGGCUUUAGUAAUGAU